CACCCUCCUCAAAAAUCAAAAUUUCAACCUUUAACUCAAAAAAAAUCCCUUCUUUUUUUUCCACUUUUACUCUUAACCCAAAAAAAUCCCUUCUUUUUCUUGUUCAUUCAUCUUUUUUCUCUCAUUUUUUUCUCUCAUUUUUUUCCAUCUUCUUUUGUUCUUAAUUAGUUAAGUUUGUGUAGAUUUAGUUUUGUUUUAGAGAAAAAAAUGGCAACUAUAACAGCAUCAUUAGAGAGAUCACUACAAAACUGUUCUUUAAACCAAACAACUACUAGAAACCGCCGCAACAGUGGUGGUGGUGUAGGACGGUCAUCAUCUUCAUCUGAUGCUUCGGAAACAAUCAAAAACUGUCAAUCACAAAAUCAUAAUAAUCAUAAUCGUAGAAGAGGAAAUAAUGAUCAUCAUCAAUCAUUAGUUGCACAAUCAAAUGCUUCUUCUUCUGAUGAUAAUUCCACUUUUGUUGAUCUUAAUUCUCAUGCUUCUCUUCCUUAUCAUUGGGAGCAAUGCCUUGAUUUGAAGACAGGGGAGAUAUAUUACAUAAAUUGGAGUAAUGGGAUGAAAGCAAAAGAAGAUCCAAGAACAACUGCAACAGGUUACAAUGGUGACUAUUAUUCAGAAGAGGAAGAAGAAGGUGAUGAUGAAGAAGACGAAGAAGAGAGUGACUGUUAUGAUAGUGAAGGAUCAUCAACUGAUCAAUCAUCUUCGUGUUCGAGUAAUCGAAAAGAGAGUUUUAGAUCACUUAAGAAGCAUCAACAACCACAACAACAAUUGAAUCAAAACUCAGUUUUAGUAGUGGCAGGUUGCAAGAGUUGCUUAAUGUAUUACAUGGUGCCCAAGCAUGUAGAAGACUGUCCCAAAUGUUCUGGUCAGCUUCUUCACUUUGCUGCCAAUCAUUCCUCUCCUUAAAAUUUUUAAGUAACCUCCCAUUUUUCUACUAGGGUAGUACUACAAAUUUUUAAGUCUAUAAUUUUAUUUUAUUUUUUUGGGUUUUGAGGAGAAGAGAAAAACAAGAGAAGGGUGUUUAUUUUCAAUGUGGAUGCAAAAUCUUAGGUGCUCCUGGGAGCACGUAGAACUAUGUGCUUUUAGGUACAGUUUUUUUGCACAUUUGUGACGUAUUUUUGUCAAAUGCGCAAAAUGUAAAAUGUGCAAAAUAUGGGUGCUCCCAGGAGCACUAUGGAGACUUUGUGUAAUGUGGAUGAUUCCAUAGAUUAACUUGUGAAUUUAGCUUAAUAGUUUUCUUAAUUUCCUCAAAUUUUUUUAAAAUUCCAAAAGCAAAAUUAAGUAGUAUUCCAAUAUGAAACUUGGGAGUUUCUCUUAGGUUGUUGUUUGAUAAGUAAGUAAGUAACUAAUGGAUGAAAAAGAAGAAGAAAUGAAGGAGGAAAGUGUAUGUUUUUUAGUGUGUGUUUUUUUUAAGGCCGCAGGUGAAUUGGUAGAAAGAAGAAAGAGAAGAAGAGUGAGUGGGUGGAUGAAUGGUUGAUUUCUUGAUUGUGACAUUAUGUAGCUUUGUUCUCUUUGUUCUUUCUCUAUAUUUUCCAUGCCCACAUAAAUAUUAUUUUUGGGUUUUUCUUUUCUCUUUUUUUCAAUUUUGUCUCAUUUAAUUUUUCACUUUUCCCUCCAUAAUUUAUGCAAAGUUUUAUUUGAUUCUCUAUCUAGCAA